AGAUGGCGGCAUGCCAGCAGUGCUGUGCUGAGCUAAGGAAAUCACCCCAGUAGCUUAGAACCCUUCUCUACUGGUACCUUCGGUGUAUCUUCUUAACUAAGACCCACUCAGCAAAAAAUAAGAACCUUAUCUGUAGCGAAGCACACACUGCGCAUCUGAGGGUUUGGCAAGGCACAAGGAACGUUUAUGAUUCGUGAAUGACAGCUUUAAAAACGGAACCGCAACAGAACAAAGCAACUACUUAAGCAAGGAAUCAAGCAACAAGAAGAAACAAUAAGAUGGCAAAUCCUCAGUGGAAGAAUUUCCAGCCGCCAGCUAUCCAAGACCCAGCCAUACUUGCCUUCCAGCCGAGAUCAUCUCCACAAAGUCACUAUGGAAAUUCCGUGAUGCAAAACUCAGGCAGCAAUAACAUGAACAAUGCCGUUAGAGAAACAGGAUUCGUAGAAAAAAUCUUGCAUUCAUAUGGUUUUAUUCAGUGCUGCGAUCGAGAGGCCCGUCUCUUUUUCCACUUCAGUGAAUAUAACGGCAACAAUGAGAGCAUGAAAAUAGGAGAUCCAGUGGAAUUUCAGAUGUGUUAUGACCGCAAGACUGGCAAACCAAUCGCGUGCUCUGUUGUUAAAGUCAACGGCAGUGUAUCUUUUGAGCUCCUCAGUGAUGAACGUGUAACUGGCACAGUCGUUACUGAGGCAAAGGCUAUCAACAGGAGACAUAGCUUGAAUGGUAUCCAGGACGGAAUGGGCCGUGUCUCCUAUGAACGCAAUGGAGAAUGCUUCUUCCUUCCUUUCACUCUUGAAGACAUUGAAAAUGCUGAGAGUAACAAUGUCAAACUAAAAACUGGAGAUAACGUGACUUUCUUCAUUUCUACAGAUAAAAGGAAUGGUACUGUUCGAGCCCGUAAUGUCAAGCUUCUUCAGCCGUUCAAACCAGAACGUUAUCAAGGAGUCGUCUGCUCGAUGAAGGAUAGUUUUGGCUUCAUCGAACGUGCAGAUGUUGUCAAGGAGAUCUUCUUCCACUAUAGUGAAUACCAAGGCAAUAUCAAUGAACUCAUUUUGGGAGAUGAUUGUGAAUUUGCUGUUCAGUCAAGAAAUGGUAAAGAGGUCGCUACUAACAUCGUUCGUCUUGCCGAGGGCACUGUGAUAUUUGAGGAUAUCUCCUUAGAUCGGGUCCGUGGAAGGAUACUUAAGACACUCAAAAGUGCUCACAACCGUCGCCAGAGUGACCCUCUUGCCGGGAGGAUAGUUUAUGAAACUCAGACUGGGCAAGUUGAGAUUCCAUACGGGGACAAAGAUCAGACUGGAGACUUCACCAUGCACGCUGGCGAUCUGAUAGAAUUCAACAUUGCGACUGACAGACGCGAUAAAUUACAACGUGCGACAAACAUCGCCGUCAUCGAAGACACGUUCAAAGUGUCUGGUGAGAAGCGUGAGACUGGUAUGAUAGCGACAUUGAAGGAGGGCUAUGGUUUCAUUAAAUGUAUCGAGCGCGAAGGUCGUAUGUUCUUCCACUUCAGCGAGAUGCUGGACCCGUCCAAGGAACCACAGCUGCAAGAUGAAGUACAGUUCACAGUUGUACAGGACCCCUCCUCACCAAACCGCGAAAUUGGCAUCCGCAUCAAAUACCUUCCGAAAGGAACUCUAUCUUUCCAGUCUGUUUCUACAGAACGUUUCCAAGGCUUUGUGGAUAAGUUGCCUGCUAAUCACAAAAGUCCAAGCAAAAAUAACAAAGACGCUGAGCAGGGCCUCAUCAUGUUUGAGAUCAACGGGAACAAACAAACCAUUCCUUACGUACCAAAAGACAUCCAAGAUCUUCGUGCUGUACCCAAGUAUGGCGACAGGGUUGAAUUCAGCAUCUCUGAAAGCAAGAGAAACAACAACAAGAUAGCCAUUAACGUCAAACUGAUGAGUCGCUCAUCAAUGACUCGUCAUCUCGGUUUUGUCGCCACAAUCAAAGACGCAUUUGGUUUUAUAGAAACAGCUGAACAUGACAGAGAGGUCUUCUUCCACUUUAGUGCAUUUGAUGGAGAGCCUGGUGACCUUGACGUGGGCGAUGAAGUGGAGUACCAAUUGACGAGGAAGACGGCCAAAGUUAGUGCCGAAUACAUUAGGAAGCUGAACAAGGGCACCGUGGCACCAGAGGAUGUACUGCCAGGAUUCAUUGAAGGCAGAAUCAUUCGUCCAAUGCGUAUCAUCAACCCAGACCAAGAUGAAUAUCCCGGUCUUGUACAAGUUGGAUUCGAAGAUGAUUCCAAUCCAAUCACCUAUCAGUAUGGCAUAACCAGUCUUACAGACAAGAAGGACUUCCUACAGAAGGGCGAUGCUGUCAAAUUCCAGUUAUCUGUCAUCCGUUCAACUGGCAAGAAGCGCGCCACAAACAUCACCGCUAUUAGGAAGUUUAUUCGAACAAAGGUGGAUUCAGUCAAAGGCCAAUUCGGGUUUUUGAAUUAUGAAGUUGAGGAGGGCAAGAAACUCUUUUUCCACAUGACAGAGGUCCACGAUGGUGCAGACAUCCAACCUGGGGACGAGGUCGAGUUUGUUGUUGUCCAGAAUCAACGAAAUGGAAAAUACUCAGCGUGCAGUCUAAGGAAACUACAGGAACGCCGCAGGCCCGAACGUCCGGAACGUUUGAUCAGCCGUUUGAAGAGUGUGAGUGAUGAUUCCAUGCCUAAACUUGUCGUCAUUCGUCAACCUCGCGGUCCAGAUGGAACUAAAGGCUUCAAGAACGAACGCAAACUCUGGAAACAGUCGUAGCCUCACACAAAUCAUAUGGAGUUAGAGUCCUUUGCUCAUUAUGCAGAAGAGAAAAUAAAAAAGUGUAUAAAAAAAGACAAAAAAAGUGCUAUAAAAAUCUCCAUAAAAACGUGAAUAUGGUGCUAUAAAAAUCAACAUAAAAAUUCUAAAGUCAUUGAAGGGAACAGCCUAAGUGUACAUAGUCACUGUGUUGAAAUUAAUUUAAAAAAUGGAUGUUGGAAAUGCCCCUAGAAAGCUGCACUGUCGCCCUUUUUAGUUCAAGAUCAUUUGUCUCUUUUGUUGCAUUUUUAGUUAGGCGUCAUUUGUCAGGUGAUAAGAUUGAUGUCAGUAUUGGGUAUUUUUCACUCCGAAUCGUAAAAGGCAUUCUCUAUUAAGGAGUGGUCAGUUAGGGAUGUCCAAGCAAACCCUUCAGGACUCUGUCCAUUGAGAACUUGUUUCAUGUGGCCUCUUCAAGUUGCCAAAUCUGUACAACUACAUUACACUGCUGAACAUAUCUGUGUAAAUGUGGCACAUGAAGUUGGACAGUGUCUUAAUUUUAUUUUAUUUUGCUAGAAAAAUUACCCUCCUUGGGACAGGUGAAAAGUGCUCCCAAUUUGAAAUGCUACUUGUUAGUUACAAGUUGCAAGGCGCCAGAUAGGACGAGAAAGUCCUCGUAAGUUUGGGGGGGGGGGGGGGCAACAGUAAAUAAGUUUUCAAUGGUGCUUUUUGUACAACAAGAUUGUUGGAAAGAUUUUCUUUUGAAUUGGCUGUUGCGAAAUGACUAAGAUAAGUUAAGUACUGUGUUUACCAUGAUUGCAACCAAGUAUCUGUUCAGUCAAAAUAGAGGCGACACCUUGGUUUAGUUAUGGCAGAGGAGGGGUAUACCCUAUCGAGUGUAUAUAGGGUAAGAUAUUUUUUGUUUGUAUUGGUCCAUUCAUAUCUAAAGUUUUCUGCAAACCCAUCGUUAGUUCGAAGAAUUCCCAUAAGACUCAGACUGAGAGUUACUCUCCUCAUUCCGAAUUUGCAAAGAAUCCUCAGAAAGUUGAGACACGUCUAAAAGAAUUGUAGACUGUAUGUGUGUGCUUAGCGAAGACUCUUGACUUCUAAAUCAUUAGAUCACAUUAUUAACAAUACCCGUAUCAAGACCGCAUGAGUAUUCAGGAAAGACCCAGUGCUUGGUGUGUCUGUUGUAUUUCACUUCUCUUUGAUGAAAGAACUUUUCUUUUUGUUGAUUCCUGUUUCAUUGACUCCUGUUUAUGUGCACACGUGCAUUUGUCCUGUGAGUGUACAAUAGCAACUUGCACUCGGCAAAGGAGUGAAAUUCGCCAGCCUUCCGAGGAGUUGCUGUAUCAAAAGUUACAUGUAUGUUGGGGCAAACGGCAUCCUCUGUAUAGGAAAGGGUUCAUAUCAUCACACAUGUUAUUGUAUCAGAUGCUUUUCUCAGGCUGUUAUCUGUGGUAAAGGUGAAAGUCUACAGGGGGGUAACUCUAAUAAUGCUGCAUCACUGCUUAUGUUCAAAAUCUAUAAAAUGAAAGCUUGCAUGAAAAUUAGCAUCAUGAAUAUAAUUUAUGAGCAUUUGACUUCAUGUUACCAAGCAUAGAUUAAAUCUACAUGUAUGCUUGACAUUACGUGUAAUGCAUCUGUAUUUAUCAGGAAACAAAGUGUUUGACCUUUGUUAAAUUUUGAAAAAAUUAAAUGAAUCAUUUGUAGAGAUUUUUUGACAAAAUUUGAUCUUUUCCUGCCAGUGGCAUUUCUGCUUAGAUCUAAUUUUGCAGUUAUAAUCAGAUUGUAUUUAAAAGGGGAUUUCUUUUCGACAUGUAAGUUAAUAUGGGACAAAAGUAGUUCAACCAAUUAUAAGGCCUAUCACGGUAUAACAUCAGCAUAUGUUCAUAUCAUACCUCAUGUUUUGCCACAGAGCUUUCUCUUCUGAAUUGUUGGCUAAUUUCAAGAUUUAAAUAUGUGGAGAAUUCUAAAAAGAUAAAGUUAUUUGCGUUUCUAAGUCAUUCUAAUCGAAUCUUAAAUGUGAUGUCCUGUUGUGUUCCUACCUCAGAAGUCUGAAAAAAGAAUUUUAAUAUUUGUUCAAAACUUUGUAUAAUAGCAAGUUAUGUGGUUCAGUUUGACUUGUAAAAAGUGUUCUUUAAAGGUACUAUCGAUUGCCACAUGAUAUGUGAUCCAUCACAGCAAACUCAGGCACUUGUCGUGCAGAAAUGGAGCCUACAUUGUAAAUGAUACCAGGGGAUAAUGGAAGAAAUUGAUGUACUCAAAUUUCAUGAAAGGCAGACAACAUUAAAAUUACCUACCAGUCCGUCUCAACCUGCCAAUCUUGGAGCAACAUGUGCCUGGUUUUGCUGUGAUGGGGCGCAUAUUCCAUCCCCAUUUAGUUCAGUGAUAUCAGUCAGUGCAAUUUUCUUAUGUCUGCUGUUGAAAAAUUAUACACUCAACUCUCUGUUAAUUACCAGAGCCAAAAGGCGUACUUGGCUGGACCAGGCAUGAUAUUGAAAUUACAUUUUAUGGCCGUUCAAAGGAUCUAUCUUUCGGUACUUACCACUUUUCCUCAAAUGAGCAAAUAGUAACUUGGUUUGAUUUUUAAGCAAUUCUAGUUAUAAACAAAUUCGUUUUUGAUCUUCUCUGUUUGGGCAUAUUCUUGCUCUGUAUGUAUUUCAUUCCAUAAAGGAUGAGAAGCAUGAUCUUAUACAUGUCAGAAGAGCAAGAAAAUGUAUAAUUUGAGUAAAGUCUUCAACGAAUCAUGAGAAAUUUGGUUCAUGUGUCAAGAGUCAUUCAAACAUACAAUGCAUCUUCCAAGUCCAUUUUCAGUUUUGCAGUAUUUGAUGAAUUAUGUGUAAGACUUACAAAAAAACAAAUAACAUAGUAACUUAUUUUGUACAUGUUGUAGAAAUUUGUCGAUUCAUUUUGAAAUUAAUUGAUGAACAAUGCGGAUAUCAUUUUGUUUGAUUACAUGUGUAUGCUUGAAAUAAUGAUAAAGAAGCAUUGUCGAUAUCUCGCUACAGAUCUGAUACAUUGCAUUCUCCAUUGUUUGGUUUUGAUCUAUGCUCUUGUAUAAACUGUGCCUUUAACGUACACAUUCCUUUUGCGCAUUGAAUAAAAGUAUUGGUUUACCUUUCAAGACAAUAGAACAUACUAGGCCCUUGGUUCUAGCGUUGAAAGGGUAGAAUGGUGUCAGAAUCCGUUAACCGGGAGAUUUUAAUUUCGCAUUUUGAUUUCUACAUGCCCCACAAUAUGAACUAGUCUUUGAUGUUUCAAUUGUAUUAUCUAAGUUCCUUUCACAGGUGAGAACUUGUUCUAGGUCAACCAAUACCUUUAUCCUCUUUGUUGUCUCUAAAAGAGGCUCUGGCUUUCCCCUUCCCAAGUCCUCUUGAGGAAUUCACCAAUCAUGUCUUGAUAUGAACAUAAAAACCAUGUCUGUCUGGAUCACUGCAUAAUAUCAUUGUAAACAUUGGAUGUUGGUAAGCUUAAGUACUUGUAAUCCAUGGUACAGUUCUACAUUUUUUGACGCAAGUUUUUUAAUAUGACAUCAACAUAGAAUUCACAAACAGUGGUACCAGUAUGAUCCAUUAGACUAAUUUAGAAUUUCUGCAAUUUUGGCCACUUGUUGUCGGGUGAACUAGUACAAAUGAUGUAGGCCAAGAUCCACAAGUAUCAAUGGAUGAUAGAUGAUGAUGAUGAUGAUGAUUAUGGUGAUUCCAGACUUUUGUAUGCUGUGCGUGUAUCCAUUGUUCUCUUUGCUUCCGCUAUGUGCCUUUUCGGAUGAAAAACAUGGCUUUUCCUGUAAAUGUACAUGUAAAGAUAUGUUUGGAACAAUUUUGAUAUGUGCAAUUCCUAUUUAAAGCUGACAGCCUGCUUUUAAAACAAAAGCAAGCUUCUUGUGAAUAUGGGAACUUAAUUUCACAUCACAAGCCAUGCAAUCAAUAUGGUUCCAACAUGGACUUGAAAUGUUUUUCUCAUAUCAUGAUCUGCACUCCUUCCUUGUCCCGCUUUUGGUCUUUCUAAUUGAGCAUGGCAUACAUGUACAGAGUCACCGAUUUUAGUGGAAAAUAUUUCCAUUACUGACAGCAGAUGGUAAUUUCCUAUAUUUUGUGUAUCAUAUUUAUACUCACAACCUAACCUGGCACCGUGGAGUGCAAAAUCCCCGUGGACGAGGUUCAAAUUGACUAAAUUGUUUGUAACCAACCCCCACCCCACCCCUUCCAGUUAUCAUUUCAUCACAGACCCGAUUUUGUAGUUAUAUUUCCACUUGGUGCACUUAUAUACCGAAUUAUGUAUAAAUAAUAAGAAUCUUUGACCUACAUGUAGUGGGUCAGGAAGAUUUCAGGUCUGACAUGUUCUCUAAAUUCCUGUCAUAUCUUAAAUAAAAUAUGAGGGUCUUAAACUGUUGUACUGUUGAUGCCCAAUUCACCGAUCUCAUAAUCAUGCCAAAGUUUUCCCUCAAUUGUUUUACCCAUGGUGUUGAGAUGAUGCAUGUGGUUCGAUUUAAUCAUGCCCUUGAUGAGUCUCAUUAUUGGGUUUGGUUGCUCAAUUAAGCUUAUUGAUGAUGUUGAUUUAAAAUCAGGUACAGGCCUUAUCCAUGAAUAACGAAAGUGGAUAAUGGUAGUAUAAGGUUUGUCUUUAUCUUUAUAAAUAUAAUGAUGCACAAAUCUGUUUCUGAGGAACUGCAGAAUGGAUUUGUGUCAAAACCUGAUGAGAAUGGGUCAAUUGUAAAGAUGGGUUAGUUGUACCUUGAAGUGGGUUAGUUCAACCCGAGAGUGGAUUAGUUUUGCCUGCAGCGUUGCCAUAAUGUUCAAGCCAUGUUGACUUAAGAAUAUUUAAGAAAUAAACAUUUGAUGAUGAACCUGAGUGUAGGUUGUAAGGCUUGGAAGAAUAAAGUCAGAUUGGAUGCAAGUAAGAAA